AAACCUGUAUCAUGUCUCGGUUUAGUUUUUGACGAACCUUUAGCAACGACAGGCGAAAUGUGUCGCGUGUACGUUAUAUUGUCCGACGAUGACGCGUAAUGCUUGCCAACGCUUAUAACGCCGAAUGCGAUACACGGUGUCAUUAAGCAAGCAGACCACGAACGCGUUUUCACUGUCAAUGUGGCUUAACCGAGACAUCUGACAAAUUUUAGCGUCGGAUAUAAGACGUGAUUCAGAAAUGAACAGCGUUUGGCCUCACAAUCGUGGGAUUUAAUCGACGCGUCAAUAUAAAUCGGAGAAUUUACAAGCUUUGAUUUGGAUCGAGGGGGGACACAACCCAUAUCGCACAACAGACGUCAUCAACAUUUUCCUGUAUUUAAAUGGUCGCGAGAGAGGAGGUCAGUGCUGAAAUAAGGAAGAACGCCGGUAUUAGGAGAAACUGAGGAAAUUACACACGAGUGAAGAUUUACUAGAGAUUAGGAUUCAUAAAUGGGGGAUUACGGCUUUGGGGUCUUGGUUAAAAACAAUGCGGCGAACAAAUCUGUUUUCCCUGUAAGAAUUCAUCCACACCUGCAGCAUACGAUCCAUCACCAGACGGCUCCACCGAGCCCACCGGCCUUCAUCAGCAGCAGCAGCAACAACAACAAUGCUACCAAUGGUGGAAGUGUUGGGUCUGCUUGGCUUUUCCCGGCCGUGACCACCCACUCUAACAUGCAAGAUGAGAUUUUGGAGUCUGACACGUCCAAGUCUCAACAGCCGCAGCAGGAGAGUCAAGAAGGGCAAGAUAAGCAGAAGCUCUCUCAAGAAACACCGGGAAUUAUUUCCGAGUUGGACAACACCUUGCCUGAGGAGAAUCCGCUGGAGAAGGGGACCAUGGAGAACAGCAACGGAAAAGAGGGUCUGCGACUCGAGUCUCCGGUGUUAUCUGGGUUUGACUAUCAAGAGACAUCCGGCAUUGGUACUUUAGCACAGUCCAGUAGCUCUUCGUCAUCAUCCCUUACUGGAUUCAGCAGCUGGUCCACUGCUAUCCCCCCGAACCCCUCCACUUUGAUCGAAGAGGUCGGCUUUUUCAACCAGGCUGCUACCACUAACAAUGCUCCUCCUCCGCUGCUAUUUCAAAGUUUCUCUCAUCACACUGGUACAGGAUUUGGGGGUAGUUUCUCCCACCAGAUGAGUCCUCUAUCCCAGCACCACCCUUCUCCUCACCCCCACUUCCAGCACCCUCAGCAUCGCAGGUCCUCAGCCAGCCCCCACCCACCUCCUUUUUCCCAUCGCAGUGCUCCUUUCAACCAGCUGCCCCAUUUGGGGAACAACCUAAGUAAGCCUCCCUCACCUUGGGGCAGCUAUCAGAGCCCUUCCUCCACCCCAUCUUCAACUUCAUGGAGCCCAGGUGGAGGGUACGGAGGAUGGGGGGGCUCUCAGGGCCGGGAAUAUCGCCGGGGCCUGAAUGGAGGGGUAACCCCUCUCAACUCGAUCUCGCCUUUAAAGAAAUCUUUCCCAAACAGUCAGACCCCCACACAGAAGUAUCCCCGUAACAACACUUUCAAUGCUAAACCUUGGAUGGAGGACAACAUAAACCGAAAUGACAGCAUCUUUCCAUUUCAGGAGCGUAGUCGGUCUUUUGAUGGUUUCAGUAUGCACUCUCUAGAGAACUCUCUGAUUGACAUUAUGAGAGCCGAGCAGGAUUCGUUGAAAGCAAGGAAUUACGGAAGACGACGAGGUCACUCAUCCUUGUUUCCUAUGGAGGAUGAGCGUAAUUUUGGGGAAGAUGAGCGGUCUGAUCAGAGCUUGAGUGCACUGGGAUCACCCCACAGUUUCCCUCAUCAAAAUGGUGAACGCAUUGAGCGCUUCUCCCGCAAGGUCUUUGUUGGUGGUUUACCCCCAGAUAUAGACGAAGAUGAAAUCACUGCAAGUUUUCGGCGUUUCGGACAUUUGUUUGUGGACUGGCCACAUAAAGCGGAAAGCAAAUCUUACUUUCCUCCAAAAGGGUAUGCGUUCCUUCUGUUCCAAGACGAGAGCUCCGUUCAGGCCCUAAUUGAUGCCUGUAUGGAAGAGGAUGGGAAGCUUUAUCUCUGUGUAUCUAGCCCAACAAUCAAAGACAAACCAGUUCAAAUAAGGCCCUGGAAUCUGAAUGACAGUGACUUUGUGAUGGAUGGCUCUCAGCCUCUUGACCCCAGGAAGACUAUCUUCGUCGGAGGUGUUCCUCGACCUUUACGAGCUGUGGAGCUUGCGAUGAUUAUGGACAGACUCUACGGCGGGGUGUGCUAUGCUGGCAUUGACACUGACCCUGAGCUAAAGUAUCCUAAAGGGGCUGGACGGGUGGCUUUCUCCAAUCAGCAGAGCUACAUUGCUGCCAUCAGUGCUCGCUUUGUGCAACUGCAACAUGGAGAGAUCGAUAAACGGUCUCUACCUUUCCAGGUGGAAGUGAAGCCAUAUGUGCUGGAUGACCAGCUGUGCGAUGAGUGUCAAGGCACACGUUGCGGGGGCAAGUUUGCCCCUUUCUUCUGUGCCAACGUCACCUGUCUCCAGUACUACUGUGAAUACUGCUGGGCAGCCAUUCACUCGCGCGCCGGACGGGAGUUUCACAAGCCUCUGGUGAAGGAGGGAGGAGAUCGGCCUCGCCACAUCUCCUUCCGCUGGAAUUGAUCUGGGAGGUCAAGGCUGUGCUAUUCGUAUACAUGCACUUUUCAUUUUGCUAAGUCCUUUUUAUUUAGAGUUCUUUUUUAAGUCUAAAAUUGUAUUUAUUCUUAAGUUUUUAAUUUUUUUGCAGAAGAGAAUGCUAAAAGAAAAUGUUGUAAUCUUGAUUUUUGUUUAAAAGCUACAUUGGUGCGCAUGAAGACUUGAAUGCAUUAGAUUUAAAAAUAUAGAUGUUUAGACUGAGACUUGACUCUGAAUUACUGUUCUAUCUUUAUUGUCCUCUUAAAUGGGUCACGUUUUCACUUGAAUCUGUCCGAACGCAAAGAGAAGGCACAUUCAUAUGACUUCAAGUCAAGGUUCAGCAGUUCACUGACUAAUCCAAAAUGGUUGCAUGGAAAAUGUGGACUCAAAGUUACUCAUUUAAACAAAAUACACCGAAUCGUGACUUGUAGCAGGAGACAUCAAAUUAUAUGAUACAUUCAGUUUGUCUCUGUGGCUAACAUGGAUGGUUUUAAACAUAUUUAUGAUGAUUAGAGAAAAGACCUCUAUACAGUGUCUAACACUAACAACAUUCAGAUGCUUAAGAUAUACGCUUUCAAAUCUUAAAGCAUAUUUAUAGAUGUUAUAUGCUAUAAAACAAAGUAAAUGCUUACUUUGAUGUAAUCAUGCAUAUACUGUAUGCCACAAAGACCUUAAGGGCAACAACUAAGAAUAGUAGAGACCCAGUAAUGCAGUCUGUCUGUCUUGCCUGAUACACAGGUUUUUGGUCAGGCAAACCAAAGAUGAGCCUUGGAGAUAUCCUACUGUCCUAUAAUGGAAAAUAUAUAGGAAGCAUACAAGCAUCAUUGGUUUGAUAGACGAGGAACAUUAUAAUACUUCUUGUAAAGGUUACGGCGGUAACUUUAGCUUAUUUGUCAGGGAUUUUGUGGUAAAAAGCUAACUCAAUAUUGUAGUAUUUACUAAUGAGAAUUUGCCAUGUGUUGCAUUACUAGUGUUUUACUGCAUGGGUUUUGCCAUGGGUUUAUUGGUGUUCUAACUGAGCAUUGCAGUAGCUGAGCACAUUUCAGAGAAUUUGAAAAAUAUUAUUUUAUACAUGGUCUGCUGAUUUUUGUACUGUUUUAUAGCUGAUUAUUUUGUCAUGGACGUUAAAGACACCAUUAUGCACUACUUUUCUAAAUAUUGUUUUUCAAAUCACCUUUUCUUUCCACAAUCGGAAAGUCCUUUUGUGAUAACCUGUUUUGUUUUUCACUGGUUGGAUAUAGAUUUUCUAUCUUUUGUUACUAAGCGAUCCGGUUAUGACGCAAGCAUCCCUUAAGGAAGAGAAGAACUAAUAUAAUGCUUUUAUGUAUUUAUGUGCUGAAAUCCCUAAAUUAUCACAUAUGUUUAGGUGACUGUAUUGUUGAAACAAAUGAUUUAAUAUUUGCGAAAUGCAAACAGUGUUCUCUUCUGUCUUAACGGAAAAAGUAUCUAUUGAAUCUAGCAUGACAAAAACUCCUUAAAAUGUGUGGUACGUGUAGUAUAUAUACAUAUCCAGUACCUAACUACUAUUAUUAAUGAGAAUGAUGAUGAUACCUCCCUCAUUAUUGGCUGUAAAGCAUAAAAUGUAAAUUAGGGUAAUGUUAGGAUGCACCUUGUAUCACAAUGAAUGUUCCAUGUUAAAAUAUCAAUCUUUACUAUUAUGUAUAAUCCUGAGAGGCAACAAGGGUUAUUUAAUUUUUAAGUAUGCAUGAGGUAAAUUAAGUAUUAUUUUGAUUUCAUAGCAAUUUUGAUUUGCAAAGCUCUCUCUUUCUCCCAUAUUGUGGUCUAUAAGGAACAUUUUGCCACAGUCUUUCUUAUGAACCUUACCCAUGCACUAGCUGUGCACACUUUACUGUUUGUACUACUACAGUACACAAAAAUGAAGCGUUCAAAACUUGGGUGAUUAAUCAUAUAUUUAUUCAGGGUUUACUUGAACACACUUUCAAAACACAGAUGGCGAGAUUCGUGCAAUACUUUGAACCAGACAAGUGCAAAUCCGUGAAUUUUAACCUGUCUCACCUCACAGACCUCCUUCAGCCAUUAUAACUUUCAUCUUUCUCUGAUUUAUAUAGGAAGAAAAUACCACUGAUAUAUUACAGGUGUUUUUGUGUACUCACAUAUUUUCCUACUUGAUUUCAUGCUACUGUGAUUACAACCAAUGUAAAUAUUUAGUGAAUAAUGUUUUAACCAUUUACUGAUAUAUUUUUAAUUGGAAUGUAAUACUUGUCAUUUUGAUUCUAGUUUUUGAUCAGUAAAUCAGUACACUAGUUUUCUAGUUUUAUUAAUCACUAUAUUGUGCUUCAUGUCUACAGAAGGAUAAGAAAAAUAACAGAAAAUUAUCUAUGUAACUGCUUAUUUAAAUUUACAUAGUUUAUAAAUGUGUAUGGGAAGGUGUAUUUAUCAAUAGAUUUUUAUAAGAAGAAGAAUUUUUUUGCUAUGUCAUUUAUAAGUUUUAAUUUUUAUAUUUUAAAUCCAUACGGAGUUCUAUAUAAAGAAAAAGAAUAUCAUUUUAUAGUUGGGUUAGUCAUACACGUGCUUUGGUAGUCCUAAUUAUUUGCAGUUAAAUAUUUAUAACAGAAUGCUUAAUUUUAAAGUAUUUGUAAUGUAAAAUGUGGAAUGAAUAAACUUGAUUGCUGGAA